UAAAAGAUCUAGGUUUUUAUUGUUUAAAUAGCGGCAAAACAGUUUGAUGUUUCAAUUCAAUCCAUGUUUUCAGUUGCUAAACACUCAUUGCUCUUGUUGUCAUGGAACUUUAUUUUGUUUGGUUAACUUUUUUCAAAGCCACAUAAAUCCCUGUUUAUUAAAAAAAAAAAAUGGAAUCCGACGAUAUUACUCCAGAAUUUUCGUUUGUUUAUUUACCAGAUAAAAGUAAUCCUGGAUUGGAAGAUAAAAAUACACAAGAAUAUUUAAAAAAAUGAAUGUUUUUUAAUUUAUUACGCAUUUUUGAAGGGGCAUAAAUUUUAUGACUCAAAGUUUCUUAUUCAAUGAACCUUUUCAACAGUAUCAUAGGUGUCAUUUUGCUGAGGCCUUUUUUAAAGACCGAUUUGUGGCAGAAAAAUUAAAAAUAUGGGACCCUAGUAGUUCAGUUUUCAAAGAGCCCGGAAUUAUAGCUUCUGAAGUGGACGUUAGACCAGUACCUUGCACAAUUACAAGUAUGAUAUUCUUUGAGAAACUUAAUGAUCCCAAAAAUGAAAUUGUACAUGAAUCAGGAAGUAUUCGACCCUCUCAUUAUGAUUAUAUUGACGAUAUUUUGAUUCCAAAUUGUUUAAGAGCAAUGAUCCUAGAUGAUGCGAAUGAUAAAUAUCAUUUAUAUUCGAAGUCGGAAAGAGCUGAAUUUAUUUUUAGAAUUUUUCGAAUGCUUGUUCUUGGAGGAAGUUGUUGCCAAUAUGAAGAUGAUUUGAAAAUUUAUUUAAAUAUCACAAAAGCUCUUUAUAAAACUUUUGUAAGAGUUGGACUUACUUCAGACCAAAAUGACAUUGAAAUUUUGUCAACAAUUCUGGAAGUGGUGGCAAAAAAAGAUGAGCCAUUUUAUCCGUGGAAUCCUAAACACCCUCAAAAUAUUGGAUAUCUUAUAAUUGAUCCCAUUAAUCGUGAAGUAACUACAUUCCUUCAUCAAUAUUAGUAAUUACAAAAAAAUUAAAAACAAACUAUAAAACAGGAUAACACAAUUAUUGUUGUUUAUUAUUUAUUUAUUGUACGUCUUCUGUUGCUGCUCUAAAAGGUACAAACUUGUU